UCAUUGUAAUCAAAUAGUGUAUGGUGUAAGGUUAGGUACUAUUACAAGAUUAGCUAUAAAACUUUCACAAGCAAAUUGCAGUCUAUUAAAGAUUUCUUUAUGCGAUGAAAGGCUGUAAGUCAUACGUUCAUGCAAGAAGGUUAGCGUCAACAUUAGCAUGCACGGGACGCCGCUCCGCCUACUUACAAUGAGCAAUGCGGAACACUGGGGUCACUUGGAGAAUUUAAUUGUGUUCCAUUAUCAUAUUUAGGCUCUUUUACGGUAACUCAAAAGUGAAAACUGAAUGGGACUCGACAUCGCUCGUCAUUCGUCAGCCGAGAUCGAUGGAGACAACUUCCUCGGCACGGUAGCUCAGGAUAACGAAAUGGAACUUCCUCGGUAUUGUGUCGCGGUUUUAACUCUUGCCGCAUGCGCUGCAGCCAUCGUGGGCCCGGUCGGCAACAGUUCCAAGCUCGUUAUCGUGACGAAGGCCGAUACUUACCUCGACGCGUAUUCCAAAUCCCGCGUGGAUGCUGAAAACGCGAAGGAGAGUGUUGUAAUAAUAACGGCUAAGGAUGGAGAGAAGAAGAUCUCAAAUCGCGACGACAGUUACAACUCUGGAUAUGAUUACACGCCGUCGUAUUCGGGCAGCGACAGUUACAGUUCUUCAGGCUCCUCCAGCUAUUCACCGCCGACAAGUUAUGGAAGUCCAGUGAAAUUUGAACCGGACGUGACGUACAAUGCUCCACCGAAUACUUACGGGCCGCCUUCCUCAAGUUAUGGUCCACCAUCUUCGAGCUAUGGACCACCUUCCUCGAGUUAUGGACCACCGUCCUCGAGCUAUGGACCACCUUCCCCGAGCUACGGACCACCUUCUCACUCAUAUGGACCGCCAGCUCCGGUUUACGGACCACCCGUUCACAAACCGUUGCCUCCGAUUUAUGGACCACCGAUAAAGCCUUCCUAUGGAGUUCCUUACACAGCCCCCGGUCUUGGAUUCCUGGAUAAAUUGUCAUUGAAAUUGGACAUUCUGACGAUUGCGAAGCUUUUGCUGAAGCUGCUUAUAUUCAAGAAGAUCGUGACAAUGAUCGCCGUGGUGUGCAUGCUACUCGUAAUUCCUAAGCUGAUCUCGUUCAAGAAGGAUAAAAAUGGUGGUGAACCUGAUGAGGACGAACGCAAACUCGGUGUCAGAAACGUGGUGGAGUUGACUUCAGCGCAGCAGUUGCUGGAGCGCGCGAUAUACGUGUACGGUCGCCAGAAACGCAACUGUGGGGUCACGUGUCGCGUGCGCAGAGUGCUGGACGACAUCUACGACUUUGAACCCUAUUUCAGAACGGGUCCAACACAAGCAAAGGAGGUUAACUGAAAAGGUGAAGAAGGGCGUAUUUGUGCCAUUUUUAAGCAUUUACUUAAGUUUUAAAUACGAAGUCACUACUUAUUUAAUUAAGCU